AUGGGUACCGAGAGAAUACCUUCUCUGCCAUUGCCAGCUCAACACCAGGCCUACUCCUCUUCGGGGACAUCAUCACCUCGGGUCAGCUCCAUCGGUUCAGCAGCCAGCUCCCACCUCGGUUCUCAGUCGUCCUUCACCUCGGCUGCCUCCUCCAACGGCCCCAAAACCCCCUCUCCUAACCUGCCCGUCACGACCGCCAUUCCUGGAUCUGCAAGCCAAUCAAUUGGAGGAUACGAACAGUAUCCCACUAUGAACCAACCAGCCGCUGAAAUGUACUACCAACAGCAUAUGUCUGCAGGCCAGCCUCCCUCCAACCAGACAGUAACAUCGGGCAUGUCUUACCACCACCAGCAGCAGCCUCCUCCGCUGCAGCCAAGCCAUUUGCCCCAAUACCCUGCACCUCCCGCCCAGCAGUACGGUCAGCCUUAUGGUUAUGCCAAUGGCAUGGCGUCGCCCCAAAAUGCCCACCCGAACGUUGGAAACUCGAUGGGCGCGUCUCAAAAUGUGCUGCCGCUGCCCGCGCCCCCUAACGGCAACGCUUACCAGGGAUUUGACACAACGGGCCAGGUGGCGCCACCUGGCAUGAAGCCCCGAGUGACGGCCACGCUCUGGGAAGACGAGGGCAGUCUGUGCUUCCAGGUUGAGGCGCGCGGUAUCUGCGUUGCUCGUCGCGAAGAUAACCAUAUGAUUAACGGCACGAAGCUCCUCAACGUGGCUGGCAUGACCCGUGGUCGCAGGGAUGGUAUCUUGAAGAGUGAAAAACUGAGACAUGUCGUGAAAAUCGGGCCCAUGCACCUCAAGGGCGUGUGGAUCCCAUUCGAGAGGGCUCUCGAUUUCGCAAACAAGGAAAAGAUUACGGAGCUUCUGUACCCCCUCUUCGUCCACAACAUCGGCGCUCUCCUGUACCACCCCACCAACCAAAACCGUACCAACCAAGUCAUGGCUUCGGCCGAGCGUCGAAAGCAGGAACAGAACCAGAUGCGCAACUCUCAAUCGGGCCCAGGUCUGGCACCUAUUCAGCAGCAUCACCACCACCAUUCAAUGGGACUUCCUGGCCCCCAGCAGCCGCUUCCGUCUCACUCCAACAUGGGACGACCCUCGCUGGACAGAGCUCACACUUUCCCCACGCCCCCGACUAGUGCUUCGAGCGUCAUGGGCGGCAAUAUGGGCACUUCUGAUGGCUUCCAGUGGGCCCAGCAGGGCCAAGGUAUAGGCAGCGCACAAAAUGCGAACCCCAUGUCCAUUGACACUGGGUUGAGCAGCGCGCGCUCGAUGCCAGCCACACCUGCUACCACGCCCCCCGGAUCAUCUAUCCAGAGUAUGCAGCAGUACCCCGCCGCUAGCCAGUCUUACGACAACUCGCGACCCAUGUACAAUGCGUCCUCACAGCAGUCUCCGUACCAGACGACGAACCCUGGCCCACAGGAUCGCUCCUUAUACGGACACAACGAUCCAUACGGCAAGAAUGACAUGGGCCCUCCUUCGUCGCGCCCUGCAGGACCCGGCGCUCCCGUGGACCAAAAGGCUACGAACGGCAUUAUCUCGUCUUCGGACCAGAACGGCCACGGUGUCAGUCACCAAGGCGGCGAAGAUGAGGCCGAGCAUGAGCAAGAUGCCGAGUACACUCAUGACAGCGGAGCUUACGACGGCAACCGAGCUUCGUAUAACUACGCCGCACCCCCUGUGGGAGCUUUGUCUUCCGAACACCACUUGUCGCCCGAGAUGACGGGAUCUCCCAGCCACGCCCCGACGUCCGGACGUGCGACGCCCCGCACGGCCGCGCCUCCUCAGCCGUACUAUUCCCAGCAGCCUGGCUACAGCACCCCUCCUCGGGUUCAGCAGCAGCCAUCCAGCAAUCUCUACAGCGUCAUGAGCAAUGACCGAGGUGCAACAGGUGGCUCGGCUGGUAGUGACGUUUACGCCCCAUCAGCUGACAUUGGCUCCAUGUCCAACGGCUAUGCUUCGCAGCAGCCCGUGCUGAAUGGCAGCGGCGGCAUCAAGCGAGGACGCGAGGAUGAAGAUGAUCUUCAGCGACCCCUGAGCGGCGGCCCCGGCAUGGAAAUGAAGCGACGGAAGACGCUCAUUGACGGGACCAUCCCUGCCACCGGUUACGAUGCUAUGGCCAGGCCAGCUUCUGCGACUGUCGCUCCUACAAGGCGGAGGUGAAGCAGCAAGCCGUUAACCAUGUUUGCUAUGCCACCCUGACUACACUUUUCGUCACAGCAUCCCGCGGCGUUGUGGCCAUGAUUUCUGCGGCACGUCCACGAAACUUCGUGGAUCGGAACAUUGGGAGGCACCAGAUCCUGCUCCCCUCAACACUCCUUCUCUCAAUUCUCCUUGUUACCUUGUAUUCGCAACAUGACGUCAGCGCCUUGUGCUCUGCCCGAUGCGCUGAUGACCUUACGACGUACCGUUUUCAUUUCCAGAACCUACCAUCACGGGCUGUAGAUGUCUGAUGAUUCACGCUUUGCAUGGAAGGACCUAAUGCCCGAGCGAGGUCCGCCUCGACUCUCGACUUUUUUGUUCAUUCGAUUCGACAGAACCCGGAGGUUUGACACACCGGGAUCGACCAUCAUGGGCCUACCGUGAGAACUUUGCCUGGCAUGACACUCGGGGAGAGCAAACCUGCCAGGAUCUGUCUUGGUGGUCAUGACAUCUCGGUUAAACCUCUGGACAUGGAGGUGAAUGCUCAAGACAGAAGGGCAUGCACCGGCUGGAGGCUGGAGGCGGCACAUACCUUGAGGUACUAUUUAUGAUGAUAACGACUUAUUAACUUCUACAAAAGUGUGUUGGAAACGUCCUUUCGGUAACGAUCCCAUGAAUAACAAUAAAAGGCUUCUCGAACG